AUGGGAUUGGCUAUGUUGCUGCUUCUGUUUCUGAAAGUAAGUUUGUUGUAUGGGAUUGUUGUUGCUCAUCAUGAUCAAUAUAACUACUCUUUUACUUCUUUGCAGCCUGCAACUUGCCAUGAUGAUGAGAAGUUAGCCUUGUUACAAUUCAGAGAUAGCUUUCUCAUUAACGAAUCUGCUUCUGGCUAUGAAGGUGCUUACCCCAAGGUUUUACAAUGGAAUUCACAAGGAGAAACAAUUAGUAAUUGCUGUUCAUGGGAUGGCAUGGAGUGUGACGAGGAGACUGGUAAUGUAAUUGCUCUUGACCUUAGCAAUAGUUGUCUUUAUGGUUCUAUCAACUCUACCAGCAGCCUUUUUCGCCUUGUUCAUCUUCAGAGAUUGAAUCUUGCUGAUAACCAUUUCAAUUUCUCUCAGAUUCCUACUUCUAUUGGACAAUUUUCAGGGAUGACCCAUCUUAAUCUUUCCUAUUUUGCAUUUUCUCGUCAAGUCCCUUUCGACAUUUCACAUUUGUCCAACUUAUCCUCCUUGGAUUUGUCUUUCAAUUACAAUCAAAAUAGCGAAAAGGAGAUUUUGGAACUUAAAAAUCCUGAUCUGACAACCUUACUGCAAAAUUUGACUGGUUUACAAAUUCUCAAUCUCAAUUAUGUAGACAUAUCAUCCGUGGUACCCAAUUUCUUUGCAACUUUCACCUCCUUGACAUCGCUCCUUCUUUAUGAUUGCGAACUGCAGGGUGAAUUUCCUGCGACAAUAUUUCAACUUUCAUAUAUACAAAUUCUGAAUAUAGGAUCCAAUAGCAAUCUCACUGGUUAUUUGCCAGAAUUCCUCCGACCUAGUCCUCUCAAAAUAUUAAGACUUGAAGGUACCAAGUUUUCUAGAAGCCUGCCAUCUUCAAUCCAAAUGCUUGAAUCAUUAGAGAGGCUAACUACUGGUGGAUGCUAUUUCUUGGGGCCUAUUCCAUUUUCACUAGGGAAACUCACCAAACUUAGCAUGCUACACCUUGGAGACAACAGUUUAAAUGGAUCCAUCCUGUUUUCUCUUCAGAACCUCACCCAACUCACUUUUCUAGCACUUCAAAGCAAUCAAAUAACAGGUGCAAUCCCAUCUUGA